GGGCACGCGCAUCCCGGGGCACGAGGAGCCCGGUGCACGAGGAGCCCGGUGCACGAGCAUUGCGGGGGCACGCGCUUCCCGGUGCACGAGCACCCCAGGGCCCGAGGAGCCCGGUGCACGAGCAUCCCGGAGGACGAGCAGCGCGGUGCACGAGCAUCCUAGUGCCCGAGGAGCCCGGUGCCCGAGCAUCCCGGAGUAGGAGCAUCCCGGGGCACGAGCAUCCCGGAGCCCGAGCAUCCCGGUGCACUCGAAGCUCAGUGCACGAACAUCCCGGAGCACGAGCAUCCCGGGGUACGAGCAUCCCGGUGCCCGAGCAUCCCGGAGGACGAGCAGCGCGGUGCACGAGCAUCCUAGUGCCCGAGGAGCCCGGUGCCCGAGCAUCCCGGAGUAGGAGCAUCCCGGGGCACGAGCAUCCCGGAGCCCGAGCAUCCCGGUGCACUCGAAGCUCAGUGCACGAACAUCCCGGAGCACGAGCAUCCCGGGGUACGAGCAUCCCGGUGCCCGAGCAUCCCGGAGGACGAGCAGCGCGGUGCACGAGCAUCCUAGUGCCCGAGGAGCCCGGUGCCCGAGCAUCCCGGAGUAGGAGCAUCCCGGGGCACGAGCAUCCCGGUGCACUCGAAGCCCGGGGCACGAGCAUCCCGGAGCCCGAGCAUCCCGGUGCACUCGAAGCUCAGUGCACGAACAUCCCGGAGCACGAGCAUCCCGGAGUCCGAGCAUCCCGGUACCCGAGCAUCCCGGAGCCCGAGCAUCCCGGAGCCCGAGCAUCCCGGUACCCGAGGAUGUGGACUCUGCUCCAGGAGCGCACGGAGCCCAUCCUGCGGCGGGGUGGCAGGUCCCCGGCUCCGCUCGCCCUCUCCAUCCUCCUCUUCCUCCUCCUCCUCCUCCUGCUGGGUUUCCUGAUCGGAUGGUUAACAAAGCCCAGCAGUAAUUGUAGCACCGUCAGUCCCCCGGGAAGUAUGAAGAAAUCAUUUCUGGCAGAAAUGAAAGCUGAAAACAUCAAGAAGUUCCUAUACAAUUUUACCCGACUCCCACAUCUGGCAGGGACAGAGCAGAACUUCCUCCUGGCGCAGCAAAUCCAAGCCCAGUGGAAGGAGUUUGGACUGGAUUCAGCUGAGAUCGCGCAUUACGACGUCCUCUUAUCCCACCCUAAUGAGACCGAUCCCAACUACAUCGCAAUCGUCGACGAAGAUGGAAACGAGAUCUUCAACACGUCUUUGUUCGAGCCGCCUCCUGAGGGCUACGAGAACGUCUCUGACGUGGUGCCGCCCUUCAGCGCGUUUUCCCCGCGAGGCGAGCCCGAGGGGGAUUUGGUGUACGUGAACUAUGGCCGGACUCAAGAUUUCUUCAAGCUGGAGCGGGAUUUGGGAAUCAAUUGUACUGGGAAGAUUGUAAUCGCUAGAUAUGGGAAAAUUUUCAGAGGCAAUAAGGUGAAGAAUGCCCAGCUGGCGGGAGCCAUUGGCGUCAUCCUGUACUCGGACCCAGCUGACUACUGUGCCCCUGGCGUCGAGCCCUACCCGAAGGGGUGGAAUCUCCCCGGGGGAGGGGCCCAGCGUGGCAAUGUGCUAAAUCUCAACGGCGCUGGGGAUCCCCUCACACCAGGUUACCCAGCUACUGAAUACGCCUUUAGGUAUGAAUUGGCAGAGGCUGUUGGGCUCCCCCGAAUACCUGUUCAUCCGAUUGGAUACCAUGAUGCCCAGAAACUUCUGGAGAACAUGGGCGGCUCUCCCCCUCCAGAGAAGAGCUGGAAAGGAAGCCUCAACGUAUCCUAUAAUCUUGGCCCUGGUUUCACUGCAAACUACUCUUCCCGGAAGGUCAAGAUGCACAUCCAGACCAACAAUAAAGUGAUGAGAAUCUACAAUGUGAUCGGCACCCUCAGAGGAGCAGUGGAACCAGACAGGUACGUCAUUCUGGGAGGUCAUCGGGACUCGUGGGUGUUCGGAGGCAUUGACCCUCAGAGUGGAGCCGCUGUCGUCCAUGAGAUUGUCAGGAGUCUGGGGAAACUGAAGAAGGAAGGGUGGAGGCCAAGGAGAACAAUGCUAUUUGCGAGCUGGGAUGCAGAAGAAUUUGGACUGUUGGGGUCUACCGAGUGGGCUGAGGAAAAUUCCAGAAUACUUCAGGAGCGUGGAGUGGCCUAUAUCAAUGCAGAUUCAUCUGUGGAAGGAAACUACACUCUGAGAAUUGACUGUACUCCGCUGAUGUACUCACUGGUAUACAACCUGACGAAAGAGCUCCCAAGCCCUGAUGAAGGUUUUGAAGAUAAAUCUCUCUUUGAAAGCUGGUACGAGAAAAAUCCUUCAGAUGAAUUCAUCGGCGUUCCUUGGAUUAACAAGUUAGGAUCUGGCAAUGACUUUGAAGUUUUUUUCCAGCGACUUGGCAUUGCUUCAGGCCGGGCCCGGUACACGAAAAACUGGAAAGUGGACAGGUUCAGUGGCUACCCAGUAUAUCACAGCGUCUAUGAAACCUAUGAGAUGGUGGACAGAUUUUACGACCCCACUUGGAAGAAUCACCUCACGGUGGCCCAGGUUCGAGGAGGGUUGGUCUUCCAAUUGGCAGACUCCAUCAUCCUUCCCUUCGACUGCCGCCACUAUGCAGAAGCUCUAGAAAAAUAUGCACGCAACAUUUAUGAUAUAGCGAAGAAAUACCAAAAGGAACUGGAAAGCUACCAGGUAUCAUUUGACUCCCUUUUUUCUGCAGUGAGAAAUUUUACGGUAACAGCCGCUGACUUUCACGGGAGACUCCAGCAAGUGGACCCAAACCGCCCAGUGUCGGUGAGAAGUGCGAAUGAUCAGUUAAUGUUUUUGGAACGGGCUUUCAUCGAUCCUCUGGGAUUACCCGGCAGGCCCUUCUAUAGACACGUGAUCUUUGCUCCGAGCAGCCACAACAAGUACGCGGGGGAGUCGUUCCCGGGGAUCUUCGACGCCCUCUUUGAUAUCGGGAACCACCCCGACCCGCCCAAGGCCUGGGCCGAAGUCAAGAGGCAGAUCUCCAUCGCGGCCUUCACGGUCCAGGCCGCCGCGGGCACCCUGAAGGAGGUGGCCUGACCCCCGGGAGGAUUUGGGGUUUGUGGGGUUAGAAUAUACCCUCUUUUGUGCUCGCCUUUUAACUCUAUUACCGAGGCCAUUUUAUAAGUCAGGAUGGGGUUGAGAUCAGUUGUAAAAUAAGGUGGUGAUUUAAAAAAAAAGUAAAAUCACAUUGGCAGUCAGAAGGAUGGAAGGGCUAACAGGUAACCUUGGGUCUCAUUUGUUUAGUCCAUUCAGCACUCCUGGUGGGCAGGGAAUGUGUCUGUAUUUCACCCUCCCAAGUGCUCAGUACAGUGCUCUGCACACAGUAAACGCUCAGUAAAUACCAUCGAUUGGUUGAUUUUGGCAGCAUUUCCCUUGAUGCCGAAUUCAGGGAAGCUCUAGUAAUGAACCUAAAGGAACUCAGAAAUCCACUUCUUGUUCCGAAGGAUCUUGGUAAUGGAAGGCUCCCGUCUGUCUGUGAAGACAAACCCUGACAAUGGGCCAAGUCCAUCCUCCUCCUCCCUCCGGGAUCUAUUCUCAUCUCCUUCUGGUCUUUUGAGAGCGGAAGAGAGGAGUCUGUUGGGGUCGAAGCUUGGAAAGCGGAAAGAGCUCGGGAUUUCCAGUCAGGCGACUGGGUUCUGGUCCCAACUCCGCCACAGGCUUGCUGUGUGACUUUAGGCAAAUCCCCUCACCUCUCUGGGCUUCGCUAUCCUCAUCUGGAAAAUGGAGAGGAGCUUAGAUUAUGAGCCUGGUACAGGAUAUGCCUGUGUCUGAUGCGAGUAUCAUAUCUCGCACGGCAGUUGGUACUUGUAAGGGCUUAGUGACGUGUCUACCGAUUCUGUUUUAUCGGACUCUCCCAAACACUUAAUAUCGUGCUCUGCACACAGGAAGCGCUCAAUAAAUAGCAUUCAUUGGCUGACUGAUGUUUCUUAAGAAAAAUAACUAGUAUUAUAAAGGAUCCAGGGACUAAAGAAAAUGAUUUUCCAUAUGGCUUUGCCACCCAGCAGAGCACUGGGCCUUUGAAUGCUUGCUGAGUGGUAGAGGACAGAGAUGCCCAGGGGUGGGGAGUGUUGGGGUCUUCCUGUGCCCUUUGUCUUCAUGAUUUCAGGCUACAGGGCUGGAUCCGGGGCAGGAAGCAAGAAGAUGAGGGGGCGGUCUUGGGAAACUCUGGUGCUUGGGAAUGUGGACUGGAAAGGAGGAGAAUUCACAGAAAUCCAGUACUGGUUCUCCUUGCUUAUUUUAUGAGAAGGGGGACAGGGCUGGUUUUUCAAUAUAAAAGACUUGUGUUUUGGAAUCUGCCUUUUUGAAUGAAAUAUCCAUGGAAGAAAAUGAACUUCUCUAAAUGGAUUGCAGUUCUCUAAAAUGAAGGUUUCCUGUCAGUGUUUUGCCACUAAUAAUAACGGUAAUAAUAAUCAAUAAACUAUCGGUUUGGAUUUCUGGCGUUUUCCUAAGA